UUCCACACUUCCACGACGGAUUUCUCUGCAGCUUGUAUUCGCUUUCCUCAUUUCCUUGCCUUGUUCAGCAGGAAAUGGCGCCAAGAACCCGCCGUCCAUCCGGAUGUUUCCUGGCGAGUUCUCCGGCGCUUCAUCUCUUCUUCCUCCUCUUACUGGGGUUGCAACGUCCUGCCUCCGCCUCCAGCCAUGAUUACCACGAUGCACUACGGAAGAGCAUUCUCUUCUUCGAAGGCCAACGCUCAGGAAAGCUCCCUCCAGAUCAGCGACUCAAGUGGCGCCAUGAUUCUGCAUUGAAAGAUGGCGCCUCCGCUGGUGUGGACUUGACUGGAGGUUACUACGACGCUGGAGACAACGUGAAGUUCGGCUUCCCAAUGGCGUUCACGACGACGUUGUUGUCUUGGAGCAUUAUCGAUUUCGGGAAGAAUAUGGGAUCGGAGCUGAAUAACGCCAUUAAGGCCGUGAAGUGGGCGACGGAUUACCUCCUGAAAGCAACGUCCGUGCCGGACACCGUUUUCGUGCAGGUCGGCGACGCCUUCUCUGAUCACAACUGCUGGGAACGGCCGGAGGACAUGGACACGCUCCGCACGGUUUACAAGGUCGAUCGGGCCCACCCUGGCUCUGACGUGGCUGGCGAGACUGCGGCAGCUUUAGCAGCCGCUUCCAUUGUGUUCCGAUCAUGUGACCCUGCGUACUCCAGUCUCCUCCUCGAUAGAGCCGUUAAAGUGUUCGAGUUCGCUGACAAAUACCGAGGAGCGUACAGUAACAGCCUGAGAUCUGCCGUUUGCCCGUUCUACUGCGACGUGAACGGGUAUCAGGAUGAGUUGCUUUGGGGAGCGGCGUGGCUGCACAAGGCAUCAAGGAAGCGCGAAUACAGAGAGUACAUAUUGAGGAACGAGGAGGUGUUAGGAGCCGGAGACACCAUUAAUGAGUUCGGUUGGGAUAAUAAGCACGCUGGAAUUAACGUCCUAAUUUCCAAGGAGGUGUUGAUGGGGAAGGCUGAUUAUCUAAAAUCAUUCCAACUAAACGCGGACCGCUUCAUAUGUUCUCUUUUGCCUGGAGUAUCUCAUCCUCAAAUUCAAUAUUCUCCAGGUGGGUUGAUAUUCAAAGCCGGGGGGAGUAACAUGCAGCACGUAACGUCGCUGUCCUUUCUACUUCUGGCUUACUCUAACUACCUGAGCCACGCCAAUAAAGCGGUGCCAUGUGGCGGGCCCUCCGCUACCGCUGAUCAUCUCAGAAAUUUAGCCAAAAGACAGGUAGACUACAUUCUCGGGGAUAAUCCGUUGAGGAUGUCGUACAUGGUAGGAUACGGCCCACGUUAUCCACAACGCAUACAUCAUCGGGCCAGCUCGCUUCCGUCGGUUAGGGCCCAUCCCGCCCGCAUUGGGUGCAAGGCGGGUUCGCGCUACUUCCUGAGCCCAAACCCUAAUCCUAACGUGCUGGUUGGAGCCGUCGUCGGUGGGCCAAACAGCUCGGACGCUUUUCCGGACUCAAGGCCAUUCUUCCAGGAGUCGGAGCCCACGACGUACAUUAACGCGCCAUUGGUGGGCCUCUUGGCAUACUUCUCAGCCCAUACUUGAUUUUAAUGUAUUUGUUGGCAUUUGAUAAAGAAAGAGAAAGGAAGAAACUGUAGGGUUGAUUAUAUAUAAUAUUAGUUUGAUUGCUUCUAGUGUUUAUAUAAUAUAAUAUAUAUAUAUAUAUAUAUAUAUAUAUAUGUGUAUACUAGGGUUUCUGACAAAAUGGGCCAAGCCUUGUUCAGUCAGUGUUCAGUGUUGUAGUGGCAAUUCUUAUGAUGAUACCUGAAAAACUUUAAACAAUCAGAAGUCCAUGUGAAUUUUAAUCAA